AUGUCUUCUAUCUCCAUCAGACCUCCCAAGGUCCACGUUAGCGAGCCAUCUGAUUGUGUUCCACCAAACGACUUCAUAGUCGGUACAUGGCACGUAACCCACUCCACCCUCCCGCUGUGGAAAGACAAGCGCAACGUCAACAUCACCUACAAGCUCCUCCCCGCAGAUUCUGCCGGAGUCCAAAAGCUCGACGACCUGGUACAAUACCAAGGCAUUGACUCUGACAAAAUCAAAUCCGUCCAUGGCGUGGACACCCCAGCACCAGGUUAUCCCGGGGCUUGGGAUUGGCGCGGCAAAGGCUGGCUGAUGAUUGCGAGUUCGCACUGGGAGUGUCUUGGCUUCGGUCAUACCGAUGAUGAGAACCGGUGGAUUGUCACUUACUUUGCUAAAACAAUCUUCACGCCUGCUGGCAUUGACAUAUAUUCUCGAAACAAGGAGGGACUUUCGCAGAGUACCGUCGAUCAGAUACUUGAUGCUCUUAAGGAGGUUGGGGUCAGGGAUAUGACCGAUCUCGCUAAUAGUGUCUUCGAGGUUCCACAGAACUAG